UCAGUUUCCAAUUCUUUGCCAUCUUUGGGGUACAUACCUAGCAUUGGUAUUGCUGGGUCAAAGAAUACUCAUACUUUUAUAGUCCUUUGGGCAUAGUUCCAAAUUGUUCUCCAGAUUGUUCAGAGGAUAAAUCCCCCACUUCUAAAGGAGGUCUUCCCCAAAUCCUUUUAAUUCCAGUGUCUUCUCUCUUUUCAUUAUUUUCUAUUUAUCUGGUAUAAAGUAUAGCCUGCUUUGCAUUUAUUUGCUGUCUUCUUUAGAUUUUAAAUUCCCUGAGGGCAGGGACGGUCUUUUGCAUCAUCUGUUGUCCAAUUCUUUUGAGUUUGUCAUUUCCUUCUCCGGCUCAUUUUUACAGAUGAGGAAACUGAGGCAAACAGGGUUAAGUGACUUGCCCAGACUCACACAGCAAGUAUUUUAACUUAGUCUUCCUGACUCCAGGUCAAGUGCUCUAUUCACUGCCUGCCUGACACAUACAUAGUAGGCUCUUCAUAAAUGUUAACUGAAUGGUGGGGGAGGUUUGCUAAUUCCUUGUAACAGCUCUCCAGUCCAAGAACUCCACGGAGUGGUGAGAAGGUGGAGCGAGGGAAAAAGCGAAAAGCAGACUCAGAAAAUAGGUUUCCUGUUGCUAUGGAGCAGAAGGUGGGGGGGAUGGAGGCUCGAUUUUCUCCCCCCCACACUCCCAUCAAACUUCUUCCCACAAAUGAAUCACAGCCAGUCUCGGAACAGUCCACCUGGCGUCAGAGGGAGGGGGAAUCUGCUGCCUUUGCAACAAGCAUCAAAGCUUCCGUCUCGGGUCCCCCUGCCGGCUGAGAGUGGUAGAUGCCGAAGGGGAGGCUCUGGGAGAGAGAGCGCAGCGCAGCCCCGCCCAGCCCGGAGCGGGUCUGCUUUCUGGCAGCCAGCUGAUUCCUCCCGCAGUUCGGGCUGGGGCGAGCCAGAGAGAAGCCGGGGCUGGAGGGAGGGGGGAGGGAGGGAUGAGGAUGAGUGAGGGGGCGGCUUCCUCCCGCAACCUCGGCCGGCAUCGCUGAGGAGCGGGAGCCGCGAUUCUCUCGCCCGAGCUCCGCGCUGAUUGGAUCGUGGGGAGGAGCAGCCGAGCCCGGGGCUGGGGCAGCGGCAGUGGUAGCGGCGCCUCCGGGGUCGGGAGGAAGCUCUGGGAGAGAAGAGGGCGGUGAUCCGACGGUGCACGUCUAACCACAUCCGCGCUGCCCCGGCCAGAAAUAUCCACAGGCUGGUGUCACCGUUUCCCUCCAUUUUGAAAGAAACAGGGGAUUUAAAAAAAAAAAAAAGGAUCAUAUUCCCCCCAGCUCACCUUUGCCCUCUUGGGGGGCCGGGGCGGGGAUAGCCGCGCUCAUGGCCUUCAGCCCGUGGCAGAUCCUGUCCCCGGUCCAGUGGGCCAAGUGGACCUGGUCCGCCGUGCACGGCGGAGGCGCUGCUGAUGGCGAGGACCGGGGGCCAGAGGGAGAGGCCGAGGAAGACGAUUCCCAAGCCGAGACCAAGUCUUUGAGUUUCAGCUCGGAUUCUGAAGGAAAUUUUGAGACUCCUGAAGCGGAAACACCUAUCCGAUCACCUAUAAAGGAGUUCUGUGAUCCAUCCCUGGGAUUAGAAGGACCUGGGGCCAAAACCCAAGGACUGCAGGAAUUUGAUGAACAGCUGGUAGCAGAAGUGUCUGAAAAGCGUUUGCAGGAGGCAUGUCCUGGGCCAUCCGAGAAUGAGGCACCACAACACCUCUUGGCCUCUCCGGCAGACAAGAAUGCUGAUCCAGAAGCUGACCUUGAAAUCGGCCAAGUUUCCUCAGUGAUGCCCUUGCCGUUAGAUGCUAAGAAGUCCGAGGAUAUCCCAGCAGCUCUUGCCAUUUCUGAUCAGGAUUUGUCCUCAAAUGAAUCAGCAGCCCAACAAGAAAACCCAGUGACAGAAGACAACAUGGGACUGACUCGUGAGGCUUCCAGUGAUGCUGAGUUGAAGGCCAAAACCCUGCCCCCAGAGCCUGUGUCCAGCAGAAGCAAGCUUAGGAAACCCAAACCAGUCUCCCUAAGGAUGAGAACAACCGGAGGAGAAAUCUCAGAAGCUGAUACCGUUGUGGAGGACCACCCUGUCCCCAAAGCAUCCUAUCAGUUCAAUCCAGAUGAGCUUGAUGAAAAUACAAAUCCUUUCAUGCUAGGAGGUUCCAAGAUUCCCAAUUCUCCUCCUGCAGUGAAGCAGAGCUCAAGUUCUUACAAUGGAGAUGCCAGUGAUUCAGGGGUAGAGCUGCUGGAGGAAUCCAGGGGCUCACCUUUGAAACUGGAAUUUGAUUUCACAGAUGGCACGGAGAGCACAGGAGUCAAGAAACCCAUUCCUAGGAAACCUGCCCUUGGAAGCAGGAAGAUGGUUAGCAAGCUGGCUCUCAGGGCACAGAAAGAUGGAGUCAGUAAGCCAGCCAUUGCCAAAGGUUCAGAAAAGCCUUCAGGCCUAGCAGAUGAAGAAACUCCCCUCCAAAAAGCCUCCUCUAAACUGGAGCCCAAUCAGUGGGAGGAGUCCAGCUUUAACCCCUUUGGGGGCAGCUCCACUUUGCAGAACUCCCCUCCCCUCCCAAAGGGGUCAUAUCACUUUGACCCAGAUAACUUUGAUGGCUCCAUGGAUCCCUUUAAGCCUACAAAGACCCUAAGCAACUGUGGGCCAGCUAACUUUUACUCCUCAGAUGGUAAUGAAGUUAAUGAAAUCUUAGAGUCUCAGCUGUAUGAAGUACAGGGUGAGGAGCUGAAGAACGCUUCCCCCAAGAAGGCAAAGUCGCGUUUGAUAACGACUACUGAACAAGUGAAAUUUCUCUGUUUUCUGUUGAGUGGCUGUAAAGGAAAGAAGUAUGAAACUCAGUCACUUGCUUUGGAUGUGUGUUCUCAGGAUAAAGGAGCAAUUAUCUCCCAGAUGCCAGACAUUUCAAAUAGGGAUGGCCAUGCCACUGACGAAGAGAAAUUGGCUUCUACAUCAUCCAGCCAGAAACCAUCUGAGACAGAGGUGAAAGGUGAGCCAGAGGACGACCUGGAGUACUUUGAAUGUUCCAAUGUUCCCGUGUCUGCCAUAAAUCAUGCGUUUUCAUCCUCAGAAGCAGGCUUAGAAAAGGAUACCUGUCAGAAGAUGGAGAAGGAUGGAUCCAGUGCACCGGGUGUGUUUGACCUUUGCUCAACAGAGAAAGCCCCUGUGAAUGUGGCAUGUGGCGAUGAAAGUCCCCUGGAUAGCAUCUGUCUCAGUGAAUCAGAUAAGACCGCAGUGCUGACUUUAAUAAGAGAAGAGAUAAUCACUAAAGAAAUUGAAGCAAAUGAAUGGAAGAAAAAAUAUGAAGAGGCUCGACAAGAAGUCUUGGAAAUGAGGAAAAUUGUGGCUGAAUAUGAAAAGACCAUUGCCCAAAUGAUUGAGGAUGAGCAGAGGACGAAUAUGACCUCUCAAAAGAGUCUCCAGCAGUUGACCGUGGAGAAGGAGCAGGCCUUGGCAGACCUGAACUCAGUGGAGAGAUCCCUGUCUGACCUAUUCCGGAGAUAUGAGAACCUCAAGGGAGUCCUUGAGGGGUUUAAAAAGAAUGAAGAGGCUUUGAAAAAGUGUGCUCAAGACUACUUAACUCGAGUCAAACAAGAAGAGCAGCGGUAUCAGGCCCUGAAACUCCAUGCAGAAGAAAAACUAGAUAAAGCCAACGAAGAGAUUGCUCAGGUUCGGACGAAAGCCAAAGCUGAGAGUGCAGCUCUCCAUGCUGGCCUCAGAAAAGAGCAAAUGAAAGUGGAGUCUCUAGAAAGAGCCCUUCAGCAGAAGAACCAAGAAAUUGAAGAACUAACAAAGAUCUGCGAUGAGCUGAUUGCGAAGCUAGGAAAGACUGGCUGUUAGUCCAGCAUCUCCUCCCUCGGCUGCUUCCUUGUGACUCCCAAGUAUUUUUGCCUUAUCCAGGAAUAAUCUCCCCUGUAGCAGAGAAGGGCACGUGCUGACUGCUCCCUGUUCUGCUUUGCUGCAGACUCAACAGCCUCCCAAAAGACAGGACAACCCCUAGAGGUCUUAGUCCCUUUCUUGAGUCCUUUUUCAUUUGUUGGUAGUCAGGUGGAGCAAACCAGGAGGCUGGCUGGUAGUUCUGGCUGUCCAAUGUGUGGAUUGUUGUGGUCUGUGUUGUUUCCUGGGGUCACAACCUCGGAUAGUUAUUUUGCGUUACCUUCUAAUGAAUUCUUUUCUCUUUUGAAGAUGACCUAACUUUGUUCUUUUGAAGUUGGCUUUUAUUUGAAGGGAGCAUCUAACCUGUUGUUCACAUCAGGAGAGGGUUCAGUUUGGGUUCAGUGCUCGCUCAGUGCGCCUGAUUAUUCUGAAGGAGCUGCUCCCUCUUCUGGGAAACCACAGCAUCAGAUUGUGGGUCAAGAUGUCCUGGGAGGGUCCCAAAACAGGGACGGGUUUCUGAACAGCUCCGGAUGCUUCUGUUUUCUUUUGGACUUGGUUCUUUUCUUUCUCAAAGUUCUCACUGUAGAAUUCAGGAAGUCAGCAGGAAUGAGAUGCCUGUUAAGGCAAAGAAUGUCUGUUAAGGAAAGAAGCCUUUGCUUGGCAGUUUCUGUUACCAUUCUUCUUUCUUGCUCUUAUAUGAGUGAUUUGCCAGGUGUGAGGACAGUCAUUUACUCCUUCCAAAGUAACUGUACUGGUUUGAGUUGGUGCCAGCUUUUCUCAAUAGAUACAGGUGGUGCAGACUAGUAGCCCCUUCUGGAUAUGAAAAUAAGUUUUUGUUUUUGUUUUUGUUUUAAUUUAAAGGAAUCAAUUGCCUUUUCACUUGAAUUGUGCAAAUAACACCCCCUUAGAAAAGAUUUAAAUCAUCUUAAUCCAAUUAGAAAAUAACUUGCAGGCUCUUCCCAACCACCACCACCACCUUGGGUGGGAGGGUAUAGAAAGGGAAAUUAGGAGAAGCAUUCUCAUGUUUUCAUAUUUUAGAAGUGACACGACAUUGGUCUCUAGAACCCAGGACAAGGUUUUAACAGUAGGAGGACCAGAAUUGAAGAAUAAUUUGAAGGAGCAAGCAUCUGUUUGUUUUAUUCGACACACUUGGUGCAAAAAGACUUCCAUUACCAGGAUUUUUAACACCAACUUUUUGUUAAAACCAUGUAUGUAUAUGUACAUAUACAUAUAUAUACAUACAUACAUACAUACAGUGCUCUGAGACUCAGCACGCUUUAUAUUCUUGUUUGGAGGGGGGGAAAAGUAUUUCUAUGUUACUUUAAAAACUAUACGGGGGGGGCAGCUAGGUGGCGCGGUGGAUAGAGCACCGGCCCUGAAGUCAGGAGUACCUGCGUUCAAAUCCAGCCUCAGACACUUAACACUUACUAGCUGUGUGACCCUGGGCAAGUCACU